AUGUCGAACGAUCAAGAACCCAUUCAGGAAUCAGUAAUGCCUACUCAAAAGGAAGGGGAUCCAUCAAUGGUUCCAAAUGGCAUCUCAAACAACAGUACUACUGCUCCUAAUAGCAUGUUAAACAAAGAUGAAUCGGGUCAAUCGCCUGGUAAUGCUGUUACUCCCGCUGUUGUUCCAGUUGAAAACACUACUGGCCUUCGAAGAUCCACUCGUGUUCACAAGCCAAGAACUGAUAUAUCAUUUGAGGAAGAUGAAAUAUUUGCUCCAAAGAAGCAUGAGAAAAAGAAGAAGAAGGUAACCAAGAAGGUCAAAGGGGACGGUAAAAAGACAGUUUCCCAUAAAUCUGUAAACAACCAUUCUACUCUAAAAAUAACAUUGUCUAAGAAGCCAGCUAAACUUCUUGUUAAACAUGCGGCAACACCAACUCCAAGUCUGCAGGAACCUAUAUUGAAUCCAGGUGAUUGGACUUCAAAUGUUCCUUUGCUUUCUUCAGAUUUCAAAACUCAUCAAAGUGUGGUUUCCCGUUUGAAGAGUCCAAAUAUGAAAUCUGUGCCAUAUGCUGGAGAUGUGAUUAAAUCAAUGACAUUUGUUAAUAAAUUCAAUAGGUAUUUCGCUGCUGAAUUGCAAAACUUAUCCUUUCAAGAUUAUGAAAUAGGAUUAGAUUUAUACCCGGAACCUGUGGUAGGAAAGGUACCUAAACAGCAACAGCAACAGGUAGAAAUGACGAAGCAACGGAAAUUGCUAUACCAAGAUUACAUUCCUGUAAAGGAAGUCAUUGGAUAUCAAGAUAAGAUGAACCUUUUGUUUCUCUCGUUAUUGAACCUUAUCUUUACUCAAGUUAAAAAAGACGAAGAAUUUGAACCAAUUACCUUGAAUGAAAUUAAUUCAUCCUCUAAAAAGGCAUUUGCCCCAUUAAUGACUCUAUUAAGAGAACGUUGUAGAUCAUGGGGGUAUCCGCGUGAAUGGCGCUCCCCAUGUUUAGUGCCAGAUGUUUCUAAACCUAUUUCAUCACUGUUCCCUGUGAACGAUAAUGGCCCUCCAGUUGACCCAAACAACCCCGAAAUCUUAACUAGAAACAUUUACACUUGGUUUCAAAGUAGCCCUGUCCCAUUAGAAGAUGAUCCUAUUCAGAACCCGGAUUUGGAUAGAAUGGGUAUUCUUGCAUUGAAUCCAGCAGACCGUAUUGUUCUAUUACGAGCAUUGACUGACUGGUGUAGUGGUUAUUCUACUUUGAUUCAUAAUGAAAUCUACCACCUUUCACAUUUCAAGAAAGAUCAGGCAUUUGGUGUCCAUACUCAACAUGUCCCCAGAUAUUUCGUGGAGGGUGCAGAACCUACAUUUAAGAGAUUUGUUAAGUUAACCAGUCUUGUUCAAGCAAGGUUUGAAAUUCGUUCGAAAAAGAAGCAUUUUAGAAAACUUUUGAAAGAAGGUAAGAAUAAUGAUUUUGGUAAGAAAUUAGAAAUAUUGAAAGAAAUUAAGGAUGCAUUAAAGAACGUUCCAAAGGAAGAGAAGGAGAAAACUAUUAUUUCUCUAUAUGAUAAAUGGGCCCAAGUAUUUGAAGGUGAACUUAAUGAUAAUCCUUUGAAUAAUCCAUUUGAUGAUGAGCUCUAUAAAUUAAGAUCACAGGAAUUUUUCAUAGGUAGAGUUCCACACAUGGGUGAUUUUUAUCUUCCAAGGUUACAGACUUACUGUGAGACUCAAAGUAUAAACACAUUUACAGAUUUAAGGACGUUGAAAGAACUGCUGCAAAAAUUUAGUACCCAUGAGUAUAAUACAUAUACUUUAUUUGAAAACUACGGGCAAUUGAUGAGUGCCCAAUUUAAAUUAUUCUACCAUGAUUCUCCAUCAUUGAUAAGGGAUACUGCUCGUGGUGUUAAUACAGUUGGGAAAGUAUAUUGGUAUGAAAUGUGUCAUGAUUCGAAAUCACUAAAGGAAUUCUUGGAAGUUCUUGAUUACAAGAUUGCUUUGCCAAAGGAGAAAGAAGAUAAUGAAGGAGAACAACAAGAUGAAUCAGCAAUCAAUGAGGAAAAAUCAGAAACUUCCCUUGUUAAUAAACAUCCUUUGCCAAAAGAUGCAAGGUAUAACACAGCAAGGAAUAAAUUAAAAAUGUUACACGAAUACUUGUCUGAAUUAUAUUAUAUAUUAGUGGAAUUUGAGCAAUUAAAGGUUCAAUAUGCCGAUAUGAAUCCAGGUAAAAGACAAUUAAGGAGAAUGCAGACACGUACCUAUACAACUGAAUAUGACAGUGAAGGGGAUGUUGAUGCUGAUAGUUUUGAUGGUGAGAGUUCUGAAGAAUACACAAAUGAUAGAAGACGCUCCAAAAGAGCUCGCUUAGAUUAG